AUGGCAUGUCCGGCUCGAACAUACCCCCUCCGCCAACCACCGAACCACAAGCCUCCCAUCCCCAGGUGGCAACUAGUUUUGAGGGAUAAUGUCAGUCGCGUCUUCACGGCGUACAUCGGCGUACAGCCCCUCGGCGGCACCAAGGUAGCGGUAGACAAGGCGGCAAAAUGCAUACAAGCAUGGUUAGAUAGGCCGGAAGCAUCCAAGCCGCAGGCCUUUGAGAGCUUCAAAGUUAUAAAUGGAGAUGACACUCAAGAUGCCAAAGUGUGGGCCUGCUACUGGGACAGUGAGGCCCAUGGAAAAGACGGCUUACAGCAACUCAACCUGCCAUCCAUCUACUCAGCACUGUCCGCAAUUGAGCAAUCGACCAUCGGGCUUUGGAGCGAAAGCUUCUCAACCCCAGUUUCCCGACUAGAGACGAACUACACCGGGCUGGACUACUUGCCUGGUAUGGCCAAGCUACCUGGCACUACCACCGCGCAACAUGAGAGGACAGCAUACUGGGGUGCAGCGCGAGACCGCAUUCCCAACUCUGCUCACGAUCUCUUCAAGAAAGUAGACGCGGUUGAUUCCAAGUCCGGAUUUUUUCAGGAUCCUGCUGGCAAACACCUCGUCGGUACCAGCUACGACAACAUGGUCCACAUUCGCUCCGGACAAUAUUGGGAAAGCUGCGGUCCCGGAGAAACCGCCUCGUACGAAGAUCAUCUCGAGCCAGCGUUGGAGAGUGGACUCGAAUAUCUAUGGGAAAAUCGCGAUAUCAGCGGAGCCAUGGGACUGCGCUACCUCCGCAACACGGAUGGGUCAGAUAGGGUGCUGAAGGAAACUUGCGGCGCCGGCUUCUUUUGUAAUCUGCAGCAUUUGGAGGACUGGGCCAGGAGCCACCCGUCUCAUCUGGCUAUCUACACCGGGGCCAUUAGACAUGCCAAAAAGUUUGGACGUGAGCGCAAGUUUAGAACCUGGCAUGAGGUAUCGAUUCUGAAGGAAGGUGAGGCGAGUUUUGAGUACGUGAAUUGUUUGCCCGAGACGGGCGUUAUUCCCUUUUUGCAGUUGGAGGAAGUGCCACUACAUGCCGGCAAAUGA